AUGAAGUACAAACGCCGCAGCGAAACCACCGCCGCCGGGCGCAAAGUCUUCAAACGUGCACGCGACGAUAAGCGUACAACCGGACAUCAGAGCUAUGUCGCUGCAGCGCUAAUGGAAUACUUUGGUACAAAGAAGAAGGAUAUAGCCGACAAUAUCUUCCGAUUGGGCUUGAAGAAGCACAGUACAAAGGUCGACUAUGCCCUGUCCUAUCUGGACUACAUGCUGCACCUGAAUGAG